ACUAUUUUUUGGGGGAGGGGGGGGCCUCUCUUGAACUUCAAAAAACCAUACAAAAAACUUAAAAAAAAUACAUCAUCCUGCAUUAAUACAACUCACCUACUGCUUUUAACUCUCAUCAUCAUCACCAUCUCUUAUUGCUAUAGAUGAAUGUUCUUGCACACUGAUCAACUCCAUCCACACAAUCCAACUGAAUGUUCUUCUUCACUCAGAGUGUGUACAGGAAAGUUACCCUUUAAAGAAAACAAGAUGCAUUACUGUCUGUUUUAACAGAAUAUCACAAUUAGUGAAUACAUCCAAAACCAUUGGUUUAAUUUAACUCUGCCCCAUACUCACCCCAAAUCCGACAAUUAUGAGAUAAAACCAAUCUUCCCCAUGUGAGAUUAUUCCUCACUCACCACUGCACCUACUUUCAUCUCUGUCCAAUUCCGACAUGUGGGAGUCCGGCGAUUAUGACACCGGAUCACCUAUCUCAACCGCCAAAAACGGCCUUCACACCGAUGGCUUCCACCAAAGAGGCCACUCAUGGUUUGUUUCCACCGAUAUCCCCAGCGAUUUCUUGGUUCAGAUUGGCGACAUCACCUUCCAUUUACACAAGUUUCCUCUCCUCUCGCGAUGCGCGAAGAUGAACAGAAUCAUAUACGAAUCCCGCGACGCCGAGAUAAACAAGUUAUGCCUCGACGAUCUCCCCGGCGGCGCCGACGCAUUCGAGCUGGCGGCGAAGUUCUGCUACGGCGUCGCCGUCAAUCUCACGGCCACCAACAUCUCCGGCCUCCGUUGCGCCGCUGAGUUCCUUGAGAUGACGGAGGAUUUGGAGGAAGGGAAUCUGAUUUUCAAAACCGAAGCCUUUUUAAGCUACGUUGUCUUAUCCUCAUGGAGAGAUUCCAUCGUUGUACUAAAAAGCUGCGAGAAUCUUUCGCCGUGGGCGGAGAAUCUCCAGAUUGUUCGGAGGUGUAGUGAGUCUAUUGCGUGGAAAGCGUGCGCGAAUCCCAAGGGGAUCCGGUGGCAGUACACCGGAAAGCCGAGAUCGUCCUCGAACGAGUCCAGCCCUAGCCGGGGAGGAGCCCACGUGCCGCCGGACUGGUGGUUCGAGGACGUCUCGAUUCUCCGCAUCGAUCACUUUGUCCGCGUCGUGACCGCGAUCAAAGUGAAAGGGAUGCGGUACGAGUUGAUCGGGUCAGCCAUAGUCCACUACGGGAGCAAAUGGCUGCCCGGUCUGGCAGAGGGAACGGCUGCAACUGCCCCCUCUGAUGAAGGCUGCAGUAUAAGCAGCAUCAGUAAUGCAGCCUGGAAGGGCGGCGGCGGCAACUUACAUGUGAUCGUGGCCGGGAACCAGGAGUUCCCGACCUCAAUCCAGGCUAAGGAUCAGAGAAUGAUCGUGGAAAGCCUAAUCAGCAUUAUACCUCAGCAGAGAGACUGCGUUUCCUGCAGUUUCCUGCUGAGGCUGCUGAGGAUGGCCAACAUGCUCAAAGUGGCUCCGGCUCUGGUGACGGAGCUGGAGAAGCGUGUCGGGAUGCAGUUCGAACAUGCGACCUUGUCGGAUCUUCUCAUCCCUUGUUUCAACACGAAGGAGACUAUCUACGAUGUCGAUCUCGUUCAGAGGCUCCUCGAGCAUUUUCUAGUGCAAGAGCAGUCGGAGGGUUCGAGUCCGACGAGACAUCCCUCAUCGGACUUGAAGAUGUACGACGGCGGGUCCCAGAGAGGGAGCCAUCUGAAUGGCAAGAUGAGGGUUGCCAGACUAGUAGACAGUUAUCUGACAGAAGUGGCCAGGGACAGGAACUUGUCCCUGACUAAAUUCCAGGUUCUUGCUGAGGCACUACCUGAGUCAGCAAGAACUUGUGAUGAUGGACUCUACAGAGCCGUUGACUCUUAUCUUAAGGCGCAUCCAACGCUAACAGAGCACGAGAGGAAGAGGUUGUGCCGCGUGAUGGAGUGCCAGAAGCUAUCCAUGGACGCGUGCAUGCACGCUGCUCAGAACGAGCGCCUCCCUCUGAGGGUGGUGGUGCAGGUCCUCUUCUCCGAGCAGAUGAAGAUAAGCAACGCGGUCGCGCUCAAGGAAGGCGGGGAGUCGCAGUACCAGCCCAUGGUGCCGAACCGGAAGACACUGCUAGAGGGGACUCCGCAAUCGUUCCAAGAAGGAUGGACAACGGCGAAGAAGGACAUCAACACUCUCAAGUUCGAGGUGGAGAGUGUGAAGGCCAAGUAUUUGGAGCUUCAGAACGAGAUGGAGGCGUUGCAGCGCGAACUCAACAAGCUGGCGAAGCCUAAGCAGACGUCGGCGUGGACCUCGGGUUGGAAGAAACUCAGCAAGUUUACUAAGAUGACAGAAGCCAAUGACACUGGAUCACAAGUUGCAACUGCUGAUCACACUAGAAAGACUCCUAGAAGGUGGAGAAAUUCCAUUUCUUGAAUUGCAAUUUUCCUUCUAAUUUUAUCUUCAUUUAGCAUAACAUAUGACUAAUUGUGCUGUUUUUGUUUUUCUACAUUUGGUUUCUGUUUAGAGGAAGAUGCAAUAUUGACAUGAUUUUCGUUGUUAUUCAAUAACAUUUUUAGUAUAUGAAAUUGUCACACAAUCAAAAGUCCUA